UGAAGAAAAGGUUCACAACAGUAGCUGUACUUUUAAGAGUGGAUGUUAAGGUGUCUGAAGGAGAGGAGAUCAGGCCUGGAAGGUGUAAGCUGGACCAUAUGGACUCUGGAAUAUCAAGUUCUCUCUCCAGCAUGUCGAUGACCCAGUCCAGCCCUGGUCGACCCCCCCACACCGCUGCCCCCGGGCCCCUCCAGGGUCCUCUCGGCACUGCUCUGGUCCAGUUCCAGCUAGGCCUCUUCAGGGAGGUGGUUCGGGUGUCAGGGGGGCAGCUCAGCUACUGCCAUGCCAAGAGACUGGCUGCAGAGAUCAUAGAACGCAAGGCUCCAGACUGUAAUGUGGUGGGUAUUGGGGAGAAGGUCCUCCUGUUCAGACACCAGACAGGCUCGGAACACCUCCUCCACAGACUCACGGACCAGGAUGCACUGCUGGACGGCGACCUCAUAGAGAUCAUCCUCUCAGGAUCAGCUACUGUGACGGGGAUAAAGAUCCGCCCACACUCCCUGGCUGUCCAAUCAUAUCGCACCCCCACCUUCUGUCAUCACUGUGGGGAGAUGCUGUGGGGGUUGGUACGUCAAGGGUUAAAAUGUGAAGGUUGCGGGCUAGACUUUCAUAAGCGCUGUGCGCUGCAGUUGCCUAGUGACUGUAGCCGUGCACGCCGUCGUGUGUGUGGCCCCAGCCUGUCCUUAUUCCCCCCUGCCAGGCCCCGGACACACUCCCUCUCCACACCUGCAGGGGGCAGUAUGGAGGAGAUCAGUAUGUUCAAGCCCGGGCCCAGACCUCCGUCGUGGGCAGAUCAACCGGUGUGGCUGGGGCUGGUCCAGGGAAAGGGUGGUGUGGCGGGGAGGACCAGGGUGCCACACACCUUCCACAUCCACAGCUACACCAAGCCCACCGUGUGCCAACAUUGCUACCACCUCCUUAAGGGCCUGUUCCGUCAGGGCCUGCAGUGCUCCGACUGUAAGCUGAACUGCCAUCGUCGCUGUGAAUCCUCCCUGGUCCCUGCUGACUGUCCUGGAGUGAGGACGAACGCCAAUGGGGAAGGAGACUCCGUGGCCAGUCUGGGCUAUAAGGACGACACAGAGGAGGAGGAUAUGAGAUGCAGUAUGACAUCACUAGAAGACCAUGACGAUGAGCCGUCUACUGAGGACCCAUUUGCUGAGAUCAAGGAGGUGGGACAACAGCCACCAAUCACUCCGUGUUUCAGUAGUUAUAUUCCUCUGAUGCGGGUGGUCCAAUCAGUUCUUCACACUAAGAGAAGGACCAGUGGAGUCCUGAGAGCGGGCUGGCUACUGCAUCACACCAACACCGACACACUGAGGAAACGUCAUUACUGGAUAUUGGACUGGAAGAAUAUUACUCUGUAUCAGAAUGAGACAAGCACCAAGUACUACAAGGAGCUUCCUCUGUCUAACGUGCUGCAGGUGCGAGGCCCCGCUCAACUGUCUGGCCCCUUGUUGCCAGACAACAGUGCGCACUCGUUCGAGGUGGUGACGGGCACGCUGGUAUACUGUGUGCUGGCGGGCAGGGACGGGCAGGCCUGGGAGACCGCAGUACGCCAGGCUCUGACGCCCGUCCAGAGCAGCGGGCAGGCGGGCAAACAGGGACAGGACCAUGGACCCCAGAGUGGAGAGAAACCGGACAUCAGUUCAGUGUAUCAGAUCUUCACUGAUGAGGUUCUUGGUUCAGGACAGUUUGGAGUGGUGUAUGGAGGCACCCACAGACAGUCUGGUCACCCAGUGGCCAUCAAGGUCAUCGACAAAACCCGUUUCCCAACCAAACAGGAGAGACAGUUGAGGAACGAGCAGGCAAUUCUACAGAAUCUGUCUCACCUGGGUGUAGUUCUACUGGAGGGAAUGUUUGAGACCCUGGAGCAUGUCUUCGUUGUCAUGGAGAAGCUCCAUGGAGACAUGCUGGAGAUGAUUCUGUCCAAUGAAAAGGGCCGUCUGCCAGAGCGCACGACACGCUUCCUGGUUACACAGAUUCUAGAGGCCCUGCGCUACCUGCACUUCAAACACAUUGCUCACUGUGACCUGAAACCUGAGAAUGUAUUGGUGGCCUCCCCAGAUCCGUUCCCUCAGGUUAAGCUGUGUGACUUUGGCUUCGCCCGAAUCAUCGGCGAGAAGUCUUUCCGCCGCUCAGUGGUGGGCACGCCGGCCUACCUGGCGCCCGAGGUCAUCAGUAUCCAUGGAUACAACCGUUCGCUGGACAUGUGGGCUGUGGGCGUGGUCCUGUACGUCAGCCUGAGCGGAACAUUCCCCUUCAACGAGGAUGAGGACAUCAGUCAGCAGAUCACCAACGCUACCUUCAUGUACCCCCGUCUGCUCUGGUCUAACAUCUCACUAGAGGCGGUGAGUCUGAUCAACAACCUUCUCCAGGUGUCAGUGAGACGUAGGUUCAGUGUGGGGAAGGCCCUGGGACACACCUGGCUACAGGACUUCCAGUUGUGGUGUGACCUGAGGGAGUUUGAGCAGAGGAUGGGCUGCCAGUACCUGACCCAUAAGGGAGACGAGGACCGCUGGAGACACCAUGCCCAGGAGAGAGGCCUGCUCUUCCCUUCUCACCUCCCCUGGACCCCUGGGCACGACAACAGCCUGUGACCCUAAGGCCCAAAGGUGAAAGGUCAAUGGCUGGACAAGAUGACUACUGAUGUGUUUCAGUGGUGAUCAGCAAAAAGAAAAUGAAUUCUGAUGAACUGAUAAAGAAGCACACAGCGACCUAUGUUUUUUUUUAUGAACAAAAGUCUUAAGAUUUAUGAUCACUGAUUUUUUUUUGUUGUUGCUAUGAUACUCCUAUACUGCCUGCAUCUGAGUGAUGGAAGCCAGGAGAACAGGCCGUGGCUCGGGUAGCUGAAGUCCUCUGAUCUUCUUGGCCUUCCUGUAACACCUGGUUUUGUAGGUGUCCUGGAGGUCAGACAGUGAGCACCCCAUGGUGCGUUGGGCUGAGCGUACCACCCUCUGUAGAGCCUUGCGAUCAGCGGAGGUGUGGUUGCCGUCCCAGGCCGUGAUGCUCUCGAUACCCCUGUCCACUUGAUGGUGCUGUUCACCAAACAAUAAACAGCAUUGCUCAUCCCUUGACUCGACACUCAGUAACUUGCUUAAUUUUUUAUCAAAUAUUUGCAAAUGUAUGGUGUUUAAAAUCCUCUAUAUAGAGUGAAAAAUAGAUACAUUUAAUUGGUGCUAUUGUUUAGGGGGUUUAUAUUAAAGGCUCUAAAAGGGUUUAAAUCUAGGUUGUCUUUCUCUCUCUAUCGCUCUCUCCUCCCCUUUCCCUGUAACCCCGCCCUCUGGCAAAACCCCUCCCACAACCUCUUCUGAGAACAAAAGUGAUAGCCAGCCCAGAUAGGUUCCCAAUCUCCCAACCUCAUAGCUAGCUACUAAGAAGCCAUUUCUAGAGUAGCUAGUUUGUCUAACUAUAGUAUAUUAGCUGGCAUGCCUGCUGGCAAGGUUGGUGGACUUUAGAAAAGCAAGGAAUAACUAAAGGUACUAAAUCAUUCCUUUCAAUCUUAUGCCCAGAUUUUAGAAGAGAUGCAGAGAAGGGUAUUUAGUUUCUUUAUAAAAAGAACAACCAGUCUGGAGGGUACAGACAGCUUAAGAGUUAUGCUUAAAUAUGCAGAAAAAUUGACUUUUUUUAUAGAAUUAAACAUAAUGAGUGUGGCUCUAGAUUUCAGGAAAAAUAUUAUUCAGGUGUUUGAAACAUGCUAAAUUCUCCACCUCCCGGACUGACGGCCUAGCUCCCUCCAGAACUCCCUCAAGCCUCCUCAUGUACUUUGUUCCCCCUCAGAUUUUUGGGCUGCAAGACACCUCUGUCUGUCUCUGUCUCUAUCUGUCUCUCUGUCUGUCUCUGUCUGUCUCUGUCUUUGUGUCUGUCUGUAUGUCACACUCUUCUCUCUCUCUCUCUCUCUGACCUGUUUGUGCUUUUUCCUACUCCAUUGUCAUUAUCAAUCCAAACUGAUCGGAGUCUCUGUGUGGUCUGUCUGUGUGAGAGUGAUCAACAGUCCAAAUGGCUCAACAAGGAUGUCUGCUGAACCAGGACCAGCUCUGUUGUUCUUUCUGUAUGGAUCUACUGAAGGAGCUGGACACCAUCCCCAUGUGGACACAGUUACUGCUGGAGCUGUAUUGAGGGAUGCUAGGAUCAAGAUGAUUGGAAGGGUGUCUUCAGCUGCCCCCAGUGCAGGAAAAACCUUCACUCAAAGGCCAACUUUGAUGAAAAAUAACACGCUGACUGAGGCGGUAGAGAAAGUGAGGAAGACAGGACUCCAGGCUGCUCCCACUCCUGAUCUGUGCUAUGCUGGACCUGGAGAUGUGGCCUGUGAUUUCUGCACUGGGACCAGAAACCCCUCAUGUCCUGUCUGAUGUGUCUGGUGUCUUACUGUGAGACUCAUCUCCAACCUAGCUAUGAAAUUCCUGGACUUAAGAAGCACAAGCUGCUGGAGGUUUACUGUCGUACUGAUCAACAGUGUAUCUGUUAUCUGUGUGUUAUGAAUGAACAUAAAGGCCAUGAUGCAGUGUCAGCUGCAGCAGAGAACUGAGAAACAGGUAAGACCAGAACAACUUGUUGGAGAUGAACAAAUCAUUUAAGAUGAUAUGGGAGGGCUGUUUGAAUAUGAGAGAACAUACGCAGUUAGUUAUUCACAUGAAAAAGAUUCUUCAAAUGUAUCACCAUUUGCUGCUAUCAAACCCCAUCAUAUCAUUUUACGAGUCCAAAGUUCAGUCUGAGCUCUCUGAUACAUGUAUUGUAAAGCAAUAGUCAUUGAACUAACAACCUAGAUAAUGACUUUGUAUGUUUGUGAGGAUAUUAGCAUACUAUUGGCUGUGCCAUAUGGUGUCAUAUUAUUUUGACAUUAAACAUUGACAUUAGAAGAGUUUGGACCAAUAAAGCUUGAUUGGUCAAUGAAGAGUGUUUCUCCACAGAGCCAGCUGGGGAUGAGUCAGCAGUUCCAGCAGAGAGUCCAGGACAGAGAGAAGCUUCUGAAGGAGCUCCAACAGGCUGAGGAGAUUCUCAAGACUCCUGUCAGCUCACACUGGACCCUAACACAACACACAAACUGUCUGAGGGGAACAGAAAGGUGACAUAUACACGACAACCCCAUCCAUAUCGUGACCAUCCAGGUCCAGUCUGGACGCUGUUACUGGGUGGUUGAGAGGAGUGUUCAUAUAGCAGUCUCUUAUAAAGACGUCAUUAGAGGGUCAUCACUGAAACGUCCUGGAGUUUAAACUGCGCUAGCAAUGAUGAUAGUUUCCACCACAAUACUGUUAUGACUAAAGUAUCAGGCCCUCUGUCUUCCAGAGUAGGAGUGUACCUGAAUCACAAGGCAGGUACUCUGUCCUUCUACAGCGUCUCUUCUGAUACAAUGACCCUCCUCCACAGAGCCAAGACAACAUUCACUCAGCCCCUCUAUCCUGGGAUUAUGCUUUGACAUAAACUGUGGUAGAAAUCCCCAUGCUUUUCCCCCCUCAAAGAAUAGAUAUUUAGCUAUAUAAUUCCUUCACCGAUGCUCUUUGGAGAUUGAAGGAAUUAAAUAUAUUUUGAUGAAACAAUGUUUUAAUCUUAUACUGCAUGUUCAAAUUCAUCAAGUGUUUCUGACACAAUGACCCUCCUCCAUAGAGUUCAGACAACAUUCACUCAGCCCCUCCUAUAAGGAGUUGUGGGUUUGUUAUCAGCACAGUCAUGAUACUUCAGAGCUGUGUAAACUGUGGUAGAGGUCACCACACUAGAGUGAAGCUUUAUAAUGCUCUUUUCUGAUUUGAUCAUGAGAUAUUUAUUGACUUUACUGUUGUUUUUUAAAAUUCUACCUUCUACCAGGCAAGUCAGUUAAGGACACAUUCUUAUUUUCAAUGACGGCCUGGGAACAGUGGGUUAACUGCCUGUUCAGGGGCAGAACAACAGAUUUGUACCUUGUCAGCUCGGGGGUUUGAACUCGCAACCUUCCGGUUACUAGUCCAACGCUCUAACCUACGCUGCCGGUUAUUUUCACUUUUAUGUCAAAUACUGAAUAUUGUUAAUCAUCACUAAUUAUUAUCUAUGUACUGUAAGUCAAUGAAUCAAAAUAGGUUCCUUGGUAUUAAUCUGUUGUUUUCCUACUAGCAUGUAAUGUGCUGUAAUACGUAUUUAGGUGAGAAUCAUAAACUCUACUCCGAGUUACAUUUUAAUUUAUUCAUGCAUUGAUGUCAAUAGGAGACAUAGUGAACAUUUGGCUAAAGUGGAAGUUAGGAUUUGCCCCUAACAUCAUUGGAUAGAUUUCAUUGGGAUAGUUUGCUCUUAGGUUACACAUACCGCUUGAUCAACUAUCAUAAACCUGUCCAGCUGAUGGGGCUGUUUGCCAAACAAUAAACAGCAUUGCUAAUCUGUAGAUCUGACACUCAGUAAGUCAGUAAGUAGCUACAUUUUCUAUGAAAUCUUUGAAGAUGUAGGGUGUUUCUAAAUCUCUAUUGUAGUGAAUAAUAGAUUGAGUAACUGAUUCUACUGUUCAGGGGCUUGAUAAUAAAGGGUUUUAAACUCUUGUCUAUCUCUCUCUUACUCUCUCUGUUUCUUAUUAAGGUGCGAACUUAACGCAGUGUGACUGGCUAGAGCGUUCAUUGAAUUACGUCUAGAAUGUUUGUUCGUUUUGUAAAUUCUAAUUUCCCCCUUUAGUCAAAGCUAAUUAUUUGUGUCUCACUCUCUCUCAAUUCAAUUCAGGGCUUUAUUGGCAUGGGAAACAUAGCCAAAGCAAGUGAAAUAGAUAAUAAACAAAAGCGAAAUAAACAAUCAGAAAUUAACAGUAAACAUUUGUAGGGUUAAAGUUGAUUUUGGGGGUCUUCUAAAGAACCCCACUAUUGAUUAUGUUGUUAUGAAUUUGCUUAUGUGCCGUUGCACUUAUGCCCUCUGUAUGGCUGAAUACUGAGGCCUCUGUCUGUGUCUAGCUCUCUGCCAAAACCCACAGCCCCGUGUCUGUGAGAAAAGGUGAGAAAAGAGACUGAGUGUGAUAGCGAGACACAGAGAGACAGCUUCUGUUUUUCUCAAACUAGGGUAGAUUUGCAUAUCGCUGAGGCCGGUUCUCAGAAACCUUGUGUUAAGAAUAACUUGUUUUUUAGCUGCACAUGCAGGGUUUGACAAAGGAGAUCACACCGUAAGGUUUCGGGUAUAUAAGAUGUACCUUUCUUUUGUUCGGGGCAGAACUCAGGAGAGACAUCAGUUGUAUGUUUGGUCUUUGACUUCCGUCUACAGCUGUAUUUUGAUUAACAUUGUUAUGAUUUCUAAGUGCACAUUUUGAGUGUUCCUUAUUUACGGAAAUAACAGAGCCCAGAAUAGUGGAACCAACACAUUACACUCACAAAUGUCUCAGAUGAAUAGAGACAUUUCAAAUGUCAUAUUAUGGCUUUGUACAUUGUUGUUACAUUGUUGUUAUUCUUUUAAUGACAAACCAUCUAACUACUUAGGUAAAGAUAUGAAUUACCUGUUGCACAACGUUCACAACAAUUUGUUACUAUUCGAAAGUCGUCCUUAGUCUCGGAAAUAAACUCCCGUGGUUUAUUUUUUCAAAUUGUCAUGUUUCAUUUCUAAAUGUCUGUGCAAGAGUGAAGGUUUCCCGUGAGAGAGUAACGGUUAAUGUGAUUGGGUGUUAAUUAUUUGACUAGGCUUCCUGUAUUUGACAUUGUUUUUAUUUAGCUGAACACUAGAUAGUUUAAUUUUAUUUUUGGUAGUGAAACGAGGCUACUCGGGCAAGAAAAAAAACUCAACCAAAUGUAUAGCCCCGUUGGAAAAUAUAAAUGUACUGUUAGAAAAUGUGAAGAAAAAAUGAUUAUAAAAAAUAAAAUAAAAAUUGAGGUUAGAUAGUGCAGCUAAAUUUCUCAGGAGAGAGGAGGACAGGAGGUGUGUGUGUGUGUGGGGGGGGGGGACUACUGUGUAAAAUUAAUUAAAGUGUUCUUUAAAAAUGUGAGUAUUUAUACAUUGCCUUUAUCUUCACCAAGCAAAUUAAAAGCCAGUUCUUUCUCAUUGUUUCAUGUGGGCUACAGUUGGACUGAUGGAAAACGUGCUGCAAUGUGGAUAUAACGGCACAAUCAGAAAUGUAACUGUAAUUAUUUAAUUACAUAGGUUAUUGUUAGAUGAUUGCAAACAAAUUUCCACUUGGCAUCACCCUGAGUUUUUCCCAUUAACGAUGUACUGUUGCUACAGCACAGGUAUCAUGAAAAGUAACUGAUCUGAUCAGCCUGUGAGAAGCCACUUUUAUACCUGCUUCUAUCAUGAGUCCUUUGUCCUGAUGUGUAGACGAUUAAAAGAUGCAUUGUGAACUGAUUUUGAUUAGAUUUUAUAAGUGUAAACUGGCAAGAUCAGUACAAGACCAGGACAGGAUCAGGACAAGACCAGGACCAGGACAGGAUCAGGACAAGACCAGGACAGGAUCAGGACAAGACCAGGACAGGAUCAGUACAAGACCAGGACAGGAUCAGUACAAGACCAGGACAAGACCAGGACAGGAUCAGUACAAGACCAGGACAGGAUCAGUACAAGACCAGGACAGGAUCAGUACAAGACCAGGACAGGAUCAGUACAAGACCAGGACAAGACAAGACCAGGACAGGAUCAGGACAAGACCAGGACAGGAUCAGUACAAGACCAGGACAGGAUCAGUACAAGACCAGGACAAGACCAGGACAGGAUCAGGACAAGACCAGGACAAGACAAGAUCAGGACAAGACCAGGACAGGAUCAGUACAAGACCAGGACAGGAUCAGUACAAGACCAGGACAGGAUCAGUACAAGACCAGGACAGGAUCAGUACAAGACCAGGACAAGACAAGACCAGGACAAGACCAGGAUCAGGACAGGAUCAGUACAAGACCAGGACAGGAUCAGGACAAGACCAGGACAAGACAAGACCAGGACAGGAUCAGGACAAGACAAGACCAGGACAGGAUCAGUACAAGACCAGGACAGGAUCAGUACAAGACCAGGACAAGACAAGACCAGGACAGGAUCACAUAUAAGUGGCAGGUAUAAACAGUGCUCCUGAGCCUGAGUGUGUGAUUGAGCUGCUCUGCUAAUGUCCACUGAAACCGUACUUCUUCUAUAUACCUAAUAAACUCAGUGUUUCACAUGAUAUUUUUUUAGUGUUUGUGCUAAAUAACAAGUCUCAGUAGUCUUGCAGUAGUAGGCAGUCUGUCUGUGCCUCAACACUACUGUCUCUUCCUUAAUUCUGACCUGGCAUGAAUGUAUGAAAAACAUUGUGUUAAGGUCGUGAUGUGAAGGACAUUUUUGUCUUAGUUUCUGUGAAUUCUUUUGUUUGUUACACUACCAUUGUGUGGUGUCUCCACAGCACUUAAUUGUUUUUCUGCAGAUAAACUCUCUGUUGUAUCACAACCAUUGUGCCAAAUGUGUGGUAGGUGAGUUGUACAAGUUGAGUGUGAACAGGGCCGUGUGUUUACAUAUUCAAUAUGGUCCUGUUAAGAAUGACUUAGUCUGAGUGUCUGGUUGAGGUUCUCUGCUAAUGUCCACUAAUACUGUAUUUCUACUAUACCCCUAAUAAACUCUGUGUUAAAUAUGA